UGCGACGGAGGACGAUUGGACGAUAUGUGUGAUUGACAAACUUGUUUUUCUGUUUGUGUUUGCACUUUCAUAUUUCUUGAAAGUCAGUGAUUAGAUAAUUUAUAUUAAUAAUUGGUACAAAAUUUGCGUGUAAACUGCAACAUUCCUAGAAAUGGAGAGUGUUCAGUGAAUUGUUGCAUUUAAAUAAACUCAUUUUUGGUUUUGUAUUGAAAAAAUGGCUACCGUUUUUGAUAGUCCGUUCAUCAGACAACGUUUGCAUCGGCUGCGGCAUCGUGAUUUUGACUUCGAUGAAGAUCAGAGAUUUGGUCGCUGUGACUGCACGAGUUAUUCGUACUUCGUGCUAUCAAUGGUGUUAUUUUCUGUGGGAACUGUCAUAACUGUCCUUGCCUUGGGAGAUGCCGAUGGUUAUAUUCUGAGCAACUUGGGGCACAUGUGGCUAGUUGGGCCGAUAUUUAUAUGUUCUGGCAUGAUGGUUGCCGUUAAAAGUAUGCUAUAUUUGCGAAGGAAAAGCGUGAUUCAAAUGUUACUGCAUCAGCGUGCGAUUAUCAGGGACAUGGCAGCAGUACAGGAACAGGCUUACAGUGGCCAAGUGCCUCGGACAGCAUCCAGUGCAACCCUGCCUCCCUCCUACGAUGCCUUAUUAGCUGGUGCUGCACAGACCAAACCACAACCGUCCUGCUCAGACCCACCACCUCCAACAUAUGACGAAGCCAUGCAUCUCAUUGGUGAUGAUAAAUUCCAGAAUGACAACAAAAAUGAUGAUAGUGCCAAACAAGAAACUAGUGACCAAACAUCUGACACUAAUCCUGACGGUAAACCCUAACAAUUACUUAUGAAUUUGUUUAUAAUAUUUAGUCAUGUAAGAAAACUUAAUUCUUCCUUUUUGUACUUAUAAUUUUUACAUAUAAUAGUCAUUACUAUUAAUAUUUGCGAAUGUGCCUAAACGAUUGACUUGUUAGCAAUAUUGUUGUGUUAUCUCAGUAGAGGAGAUAUAUAUUUAAUGUUUCAUAAGUUAACAAUGUGAAGUAAGCUUUGGCAUUUUAGUAAAUGUGCAAACUUGUUUAGCAGCUCUGUUUGAAACCAGAUAUGUAUCACUAUUAGAGCAGAAAUUAACUGGUUUUUUGUACCAGAAUGAGCAAAAUGUGUUCAAGGGUGCUAGCACAACUGGUUAGAUAGAGAGGCUAAAUUAUAUUAUGCUGUUAUAGGGCUUCCUCUUACAAUGAAAUUAGAAAAUAGCUCAGUGGGUAUUGUUUGUACAUAUAUAAUUACUUAACUAGUUUGUAAUGCACAUAAUAGCAUUUGAUCAACAUUUGAUGUUGCUUUUACCACCUACCAUAAUAACAUGAUUAUAACUUUAAAACAAAGGAAGGUAAUGAAACUUGUAUUUAUUCAUAUUUAGAAUUGAAUAGUGAUGUAUUUGUUUUCACACAUAUCUGAUUUAGCUUUCUACAAAGCAUUUCGAAUCUUAAUUUUAAAAGUUGUUUUAUGAAGUUUUAUAAUGAUCAACUAUAAGAACAGUUUGUCCCAGUGUCAUGGGGUACUUAAGGAUAACCUUAGUUGUAACGUUUGACUCCACUAUCAUUGUUAUUGUUUACAUUUAAAUGUUACUUGCAAUUAUAUGAUGUCAAGACUGAUGCAUUUAAAUUUAAAUUGUUACACAUUACAAGCUGAACAAUUAAGUCUAUUUGAAUUGUCUUUGAUCUGAUGCUGUGUUUUAAACAUGUAAGUAAAUCAUUGCUGACGCUUCACAGAAUAUUUGUUUAAGUUUGACUUUAAUAAUUUUCUCAUACAGCUAGGUGUAAUAGUUCUGUGAGAUACUUUUAUUGUUGAUUUUUUUUCUGGUAGUCUUAAUAUAAACCUUACAAAGUACUUAGCAGAGGAUAGAAUAUUUUCGAGGCCUUAAAAUUUUCCUUUAAGUAAACAUGCUAAGUGCCUAAAUGUAUAUUCAUUGUUUUUACGCAUAAAAGAAAUGAGACACCAAAUUGGCUGUAAGACAUUUAUUUUAUGUCAGUAAUAUAAGCAAGCAAGGUAAACAAGUCUUAUUAGGAUGAUAACACACUGAGAGCUGUCAUUUUAUGAUUCAGGUGAACUACCUAAAUACAUUAAUUAAACUUUUGCUUGUAUUACUGCAUUCAAUUUGUCUAGUCAAAACAUGUUUAUAAUUAAACCAUUGAAAUAUAAUAACUAUAAAAGAAAAACUAUAAAAUAAAAAGAAAUUACUACUAAGGGUCUAAAAUGGCCACAUUGAAGCAAUUUAUAUGUAUAAAAUACUAUACUAACACAUAAAUCAAUGUUACAAAUAUGACAUUUGUGCAUAUAAAAGUUUGCAAUGUCACAAAUGCCAAGUAGAAAUAUUGUUUUUAGGGUUCUGAAUCUCAAAAGGUAUAACAGAACCCUUAUAGGAUCAUCUUGUCUAUCCCUCUCUCUGACAACCUCUUUUUUUUUAUAAUGAUGAAUUAUUGCAAUGUGGCCAUUAUAGACCCCAUGUACUCUAUAUGUGGUCUUCUUCUAUCAUGUGGGUUGUGAGGUGGUUUUCAAUGGGUAAUUUCUAAUUUUAGAUUAUUCAUCCGUGUUGGAAUGGUAUGUGAGGAUGGGAAACCAAAGUAAACUAUCUGGCCAUUUCGACACAAUACACUUUUAUAUUUAGUAUAUUUUAAUGGAUGGAAUAUUGUAUUUACUGUCUUAUACAUUACUCCAAAUGUUGCCAAGUUUGUAUUUUACUGAUACUGAUAAAAGUCUACCUGAACCUAGGGUAUAAGCUGUAAGUUAUUAGUUACUAUCUCUUGUGAAAACCAGAAUUUACCUCCAAAGGCAGAGAUUUUGAGACACAAUAGUUAAACAAUAGGGCUUGGAUUUUAAAAGGAUAUUCAUUCUUAUGACUUUAAAGCAAAAAGUUUUUAUUAUUGUUGAUACUACAUAGUGAAGGAAGUAAAGUAUGCUCACUGUGAUACUAAGUAGUGCUACUGUACUAUGUUAACUUUGCCAAUGCAACAUUUGGGCUAGUGUAUGACUUCUAGAUUAAGAAAAUUAGUAUAAAGAUCUCCCCUUAGAACUAUUGAUUAUACACUUUUUCAGAGUUGCAUAA